AUGCUGGCAACUCGGGCUAUGCCUUGCUCCAGCUGGGCUGGGCGGUCUUCAUCAUCAGCCUUGGUCCGGCGGUUCUUUUCUGGAUCUACUUCAACAAGCCAGAGCUGCUGUGAGCUGAGAUUUGUCAAGAGGCCCUUCGAAAUUGAUUGCUGUGCUUGGCAUCUGUUCAGGGAUGUUCAGGGUCGACAAACCACAUUGCUUCUCAUCGACGGUGUUGGAUUCUGA